CAUCCAUCCAGCGCCAUCGCUGCCGCCAUCUUGUUCUGCAACGUGGCCAUCAAAAGAAAUUCAAUUUGAAUUUCUUGCGAGCUGUUCACGAAAGCUUUGAUUUUAAAUUGUGUUUUGCUUAUAUUAAUUAGCUGUAAUUUGGCAUACAAAACUAUGCGCGAAGUCAUUUCCAUACAAAUCGGGCAAUGCGGCACGCAGAUUGGCAACGCCUGCUGGGAGCUUUAUCUGCUGGAGCAUGGCAUCAAUCUGGAUGGUAGCCGCAAAACGGAUGAGCAGCAGGUGGAGAGCGGGCGUGGCUCGAGCGUGGGCCAGGGCUCCUCAGACAAUGAUGCACACACCUUCUUCAUGGAGGCGGGCAAUGGCAAGCAGGUGCCCCGCUCUAUCUUUGUGGAUCUGGAGCCAUCGGUGAUCGAUAGCGUACGCACGGGCGUCACCCGGCAUCUUUAUCAUCCUGAGCAACUAAUCUCCGGCAAAGAGGACGCAGCCAAUAACUUUGCCCGUGGACGCUAUUCGAUUGGCAAGGAUGUGGUGGAUCGGGUGACAUCGCGACUACAAAAGAUUGUGGAACAAUGCGAUGGUCUGCAGGGUUUCCUCAUCUUCAAUUCUAUGGGCGGCGGCACUGGCUCCGGCUUCACCUCGCUGCUAAUGGAGUCGCUGUCCAAUGAUUUCAGUAAGAAGUGCAAACUCAACUUUGGCGUCUAUCCUUCACCGAAGGUGUCCACAGCUGUGGUGGAGCCCUACAACGCACUGCUAACGACACACUCGACCAUGGAGCAUGCGGACUGUGUCUUCAUGGUGGACAACGAGGCCAUCUAUGACAUCUGCAAGAGCAAACUGGGCGUGGACAGGCCGGCGUACAACAAUCUGAAUCGCCUAAUUGCCCAAAUAGUUAGCUCGACAACUGCCUCCUUGCGUUUUAGUGGCUCCAUGAAUGUGGAUCUGAAUGAGUUCCAAACGAAUUUGGUGCCCUUUCCUCGCAUACACUUCCCUCUGGUCGCCUAUGCUCCGCUGAUGUCCGCGGAUCGGGCUGCCCACGAGCAGCAUGCGAUCACCACGCUGACGAAUGCCUGCUUCGAAUCCUCCAACAUGAUGGUGAAGUGUGAUCCUCGAGCUGGCAAGUUCAUGGCCUGCUGCAUGCUCUUCCGCGGCGAUGUGGUGCCCAAAGAUGUGAAUGCAGCGAUCUCGGCAAUCAAAUCGAAACGGCAUAUCCAAUUCGUUGACUGGUGUCCCACGGGCUUUAAGAUCGGCAUCAACUACGAGAAGCCGGCCUUUGUCCAGGAUGGUGAUCUGGCUCCAACCUCUCGCGCCUGCUGCAUGCUCUCCAACACGACGGCCAUUAGCGUGGCCUUUUCUAACCUGGCCUACAAAUACGAUCUGAUGUUCAAGAAGCGCGCCUUCGUCCAUUGGUAUGUAGGCGAGGGCAUGGAGGAGGGCGAAUUCAAUGAGGCACGCGAAGAUAUUGCGGUGCUCGAACGGGACUUCAACGAAGUGGGCCUGAACAACGAUGAAGAGGACGAAGAGGAGUAUGGCGAAUUCUAGGCAGAAAUAUCCAUUCCAGCUCAAUCUAUCUCAAUAUAUGAGUUCCCUAAAAUCCGUUUUAAAUUGUAACCAAAAACCUAGAUAAGUAUUAUUAUAUAGUAUAUUAUCAAUGAACUGGUUUCCCGGGUUCUGUCGUUCCCUACAACGCCCAAUGAGCACUACCUAAAAUUCGAGUAUUGUAUUUAUAUCUUUCUAUAUACGUAAGUCUUAUAUGUAUAUACUAUCUUAUUGUAGAUCUUUGGAUCCAUAAAGGAACUCUAUUAAAUGAAGCACAUCAAUAAAUUGUAAGAAA